CAUUUCCUCACUGAUCACUCCACAGGCCUGUAUCGAUCAUCUCCGCCAUAGGGCUGAGGUUAUGAUUCAUUUUUCAUCACUACAUUUUCAAUAGCGGUGUGUUGCCGGAGUUGAGAGGGCGAGAGAGAGAGCGAGAGAGAGAGAGAGAGAGAGAGAGAGAGAGAGAGGGGGAGAGAUGAGAGGACGCGCAUCAUCAGAUGUUUAGCAGAUCCUCUCCUCGCCAUCAUUUCUGCUGCGCGCUUCUUGGUCUUCUUCCUCCCCUCCGUCGGCCGGGCUCCUGACAUUUUUGCCGCUCUCGAUGUUGUAAUCCGGGGGAAUAUGUGAAGAUCAUGCUGGCGGUGUGGUGCUUCAUGGUCUUUGCUGCAGUGGGCGAGAGGCUUGCGGUCUCAGGUGUGGACAGGAACCCGGUGCAGGAUGGAGGCAUCUGGGACUGGUUUACCCUCAUGGGGCAGCCGGACAGCGGGGACACUGCCACCAAGGUCACCUAUCCAAAGCGGCUGGUGCAGCAGAUCAAGUCGGAGGAGGAAAUGGCUCAUGACUACUUGGAUACCAGGGUGAAGAACAGCACCGAGAAUACCUUGCCUGUUCACUUGGCCCAGAGCUGUUUUCAAGUGGAAGCCUUUGGACACACCUUCAUCCUGGACCUGGAGCUGAAUCAUCACCUCCUGUCCUCAGAAUAUGUGGAACGGCACUUUAACCAGGAUGGCAGACCCUCACAGUCAGUGGGAGGGGAGCACUGCUACUACCAGGGGAGGUUACGAGGUUUACCAGACUCCUGGGCAGCUCUCUCCACCUGCCACGGCCUGUGCGGCAUGUUCUCUGACGGCUUCUUCUCUUAUGGGAUUGAGCCCCUUCACAAUGGGAGCAAUCAGGACAAUGGUGCUCACUUGAUCCGCAGGAUGCCUGACAUCAGACUUUCCUCGCACUGCCCAGACUGUACAGAGGACAGUGAGUGGGAUAGCAGAGGAGGUGAUGGUGAUGACGACAGACCGGACCCAGUGAGUGAGCAGCAGGUGUCUGGGGGCCUGAGGCGAUCCAAGAGAUAUGUUCGCAAGCCCUCUGUGCAGACUGAGACCAAAUAUAUUGAGUUGAUGGUGGUCAACGACAACGAAAUGUUUGUACAGCUGCGUCGAUCUAGCAGCCAAACCAAGAACUUUGCCAAAGCAGUGGUCAACAUGGCGGAUGCGAUCUACAAGGAACAGUUAAACACGAGGAUCGUGCUGGUUGCCAUGGAGACAUGGAGCUCUAAAAACAUGAUGCCAGUGGUGGAAGAUCCAUUAAUAACACUGCAGAACUUUAUGAAGUACAGAAAGGACAACAUCAAAGACCAAAGUGACGUUGUCCAUCUUUUCUCAGGGCGUACAUUUCACAGUAGCCGCAGUGGGACGGCCUACACGGGAGGGGUGUGUUCUCUAACAAGGGGAGGAGGCAUCAAUGAGUAUGGGAAUGUAGGAGCGAUGGCCGUCACUUUGUGCCAGAGUCUCGGCCAGAACAUCGGCAUGAGGUGGAACAACAUACGCAACUCUGCAGGAGACUGCAGGUGUCCAGACGCCUGGCUGGGCUGCAUCAUGGAAGACACGGGAUACUAUCUGCCCAGAAAGUUUUCUCGCUGCAGUGUUGAUGAGUACAUCCAGUUCUUGCUCCAGGGGGGCGGGAGCUGCCUCUUCAACAAGCCAAACAAGCUGUUGGACCCUCCAGAGUGUGGGAAUGGCUUUGUGGAGCCAGGGGAAGAGUGUGAUUGUGGAUCCCAGGUGGAGUGCGCCCGUAGUGGAGGAGCCUGCUGUAAAAAGUGCACGCUUACCCAUGAUGCCAUGUGCAGUAAUGGACUCUGCUGCAGUACAUGCAAGUAUGAGUUGAGAGGCGUGGUAUGUCGAGAGGCUGUGAACGACUGUGAUAUCCCAGAGACCUGCACCGGAGACUCCAGCCAGUGUCCUCAUAAUGUGCACAAACUGGAUGGCUACAUGUGUGAUAUUAGUCAGGGCCGCUGUUAUGGUGGGCGAUGCAGGACUCGUGAUGGACAGUGUCGGGGACUCUGGGGUUACAAUUCAGCGGACAGGUUUUGUUAUGAGAAGCUGAACGCUGAGGGGACAGAGAAAGGCAACUGUGGUCCGGGUCCUGAAGGCCAGGGCUGGCUGCAAUGCAACAAGCCGGACGUCUUAUGCGGCUUCCUUUUCUGUGCCAACGUGACGAUGAAGCCAAAGUUCGGAGACCUGCAGGGUGAAGUGACCAGCUUCACCCUCUACCACCAGAACAAGUACCUCGACUGCAGAGGUGGACAUGCUCUGCUGGAGGACGGCUCAGACCUGGGCUAUGUGGAGGACGGCACUCCUUGUGGUCCAAACAUGAUGUGUUUGGAGCGACGCUGCCUCCCUGUGGCCGCGUUCAACCUCAGCAGCUGUUCAGGAUCCAACAAUGGCCGUAUCUGCUCUGACCAUGGGACCUGCAGUAAUGAGGUGAAGUGUAUCUGUGACAGAGACUACACAGGAAAGGACUGCAGCGUCUUUGAUCCCAUCCCUGAGCCAACAGUCCCAACGGGCCCAGAGAAGAAAGGUCCCAGUGGCACCAAUAUCAUAAUAGGGUCCAUCGCAGGUGCUAUUCUCCUGGCAGCUAUAGUCCUAGGGGGAACAGGAUGGGGAUUUAAGAACAUUCGGCGAGGAAGAUCUGGUGGAGGAUAAGAUAUCUGUCUGUCUUUCUGUCUCUGUCCUGUCUACUCCUGUCUUCCUCCUCGCACUGUGUCGUUUCCACAUCAGAGAAGAGGGGAACAGAAAAAAAAGAAAGUCUUCCACUACCUGUCCCACAAUUUCUCCAAAUCUCUUCCGAUUAUUUUCUCCUCCACGCCCAUUGUCUGCUCCUUUCGUCUGUCCUCCUACCUGGCUCCGUCCUCCUCUGGGCCUUUGGAGCGCCUCUCACCAAACCAGCCAAAUCAUACUCGUCUGGCUGCUUCCAGCAGGCCGCUGAGGAGUGUCCAGGACACGUCUAGAGUGAGCAGGUGGUCUUCCUCCGGUCCGGUGGCUCUAAGAAUGUGAUUUGGUGUCUGUGAACCUCCUUUCUCACAUCUUGAACAGUCUGAUGAAGAACAUAUCAACGGUGGACCAAUUUAAUAUGAGACAUGUCUUUCCAAUGCCUGCCUGCCUGCAUACAAACUAAACUGGCCACGAAGUGACUCCACAGUUGAAAGUUGGACUAAAGCACAAACUGGCCAUCUUAUAUACUGAAAUAAUGUAACAGGAGCUGAAUAGUUUCCUUUUUUCUUAAAGGAGAAGAAUCAGAGGCACAGUUCCUCCAAGGCCAGGCCUUGACAUCUUAAAGUGGACAAUUAUCUGUUUUAAUCUACAAAUUCUGGGGACAUGGAUAACCGAAAAGAAACUGUACGUCGGUAACAACCGACUGUUGUUAGCAUGUUUUCCAAAGAGAGUCUGAGGAAGGACUGAUGAUCGUACAAAAUGAUGGCUCAAAAAAACAAGUCAGCCAUCAGCCAGAGCAAAGACUGAUAACUGAGUUUAUGUUCAUUGUUAUAUGUUCUUUUAAUCCCCCACCCCCCACCCACAAGUUUUCAGGUACAAAAAGGGAGGUGUUAUGGUUUUGGGAUCAUUUUAAAGGGAUAGUUUGGUUGUUUGAGGUACUUAUCUAUAGUCAGUGUAUUGCCUACAGUAGAUGGCAGGCGGUAUGCCCCCCGUUUGGAGAAACAGGCAGGAGAAUACAGCAGAGAAGCUAUGUGAUGCACAACUCAGGACCAAGGCAGCAGGAAACUAAUCAGUAUGCUAAAUUUAGAAUAUUUUCACUGCUUUACUUUGCAGUUAGACAGACCUGUUUAAGUUUACACGGGGGAAUCUGAAACUUAUUAUUUUCUCUUCAAAGCCACCAGAUUCCUUUGACAAAACAGUAUUUUUACCUUGAUGACCUUUAGUUAACAACUUCAGUUCCCCGAUGGAAAGGCCUGUCUGACGGCAAGAUAAAGCUGUAAAAAUAUUCUAAAUCUAAUCAUCUCUUAAACUGAUAUUGUUUUAUGAGGGCCCGAGCAGGCAACGACCUGCGAGGUCCCUAUUGUAUUUCAAAUGAUUAUUCUUUUUCUUUUUAUUAUUAUUUUUAUUUUUCUCAUACCCAAAUGAUUGCAUUUUUCACUGCCCGAACAUACCCCAAAACUCAUGAAACUUUAAAUAUAAGUCACACCUGGCGAAAAAUUUUAUAAUCUAUUGUCAUCCUGAAUUUCCACCACUAGGUGGCGCUAUAAUAAUUAAAAUAUGUUUUGCUGCUGCCCCUGUCCAAAGCAGUUAGCUUCUGUGUCCGUACCCCUGCUUGCUUCUCCAAACUGGGGAAUGCUGACCGCCAUCUACUGUAGUAAUAUACUGACUAUAGAUAAGUACAUCAUACAACUCCACUUCAAAAAAAAUCUAAACUAUCCCUUAAACCACUGAACUUCGAAGCAGCAGAGACCAUAACUUAGUGUUUUCAACCACAGACUGACCAACAUACAUUCCAUGAUAUGUGUCUGUGCGCGUGCUCACCACUUUCAGGCCCAAAGUUUGUACGCUUAGGAGGUUUAAUCUGUGUGUCUGUUCUCGGGUGAAUGUACGCAUGUAAGAGAUUUUUAAAAGAAGAAAGAAUGUAUGUGUGUUUACAUUAGUGUUAGGGGCAGUUGUGUCAAUGUACACCUUAACACUCCUCCUAUCACAGGUAGAUAGGAAGGUUUUUACCUCUAGAAUAUCAUCUCUUUCUACAAACUGUUGUGCGCUGCAGCCAUGGCACCACAAAGGCAGCGCGUUAAUAAGGAUUUCAACAGUUUAUAUGUCAUGUAUCUACAGAAAAACAAGCACUAGCCAACUGUAUGCACACCUAUUUGUAAAUAUGUGCAAGAUAUAUGGAAUGUUAAAUGCACUGUAUGAAGAUUUAUUUAAUAGCUAUGUUAAAAUAAUGAGUUGUAUCUGCUUCAACAUUAUAGCCGUCAGUCUUUUUGACAGGACCUGCAUCUGCAAAUCUCUCCUGUAGUCAACACUGUCCAUGCAUCUUUAAAUGUGGCGUAACAGCGAAACUAGCUCACGUCUCUCCUAUCAUUCCAGCUAUCACUUAAAUGUCAUGAAUCUUUUGUACAUUUGAUGAUAGUCCAGAGCCCUGGGUGACCGCCUCAGCCCGGAGGCUUUGUUACGAUCCCCGCUGUAAAUGAGAUUAAAGACAUCUAGUCGGGGGUCCAGGAGGCAGCUUGUCUGAAACUGUAUGUGUAUGAGGUCAGUUUGGUUCAUUUGAGCUUUGCACUAUGGCAGAUGCACUAUUGUUAUUAUUACAAUAUGUACAGAGUUGGUAUCAAAUACAAUCUGUUUGAUUAUAAAGUUUAGGGGGGGG